UCUGUUUAGUAACUACGGUGAUGUAAUUUUUUCUAAAUUCAAUUUAUCUAAUAAAAUAAUAAAUAUGAUUUAUACCUAUUUUACAAAUAAAAAAGAGAUUCAAUUUUUAAAAACUCUUGUUGAGUACAUUUGAGUUGUCAUUGAUAUUUCGGUGAGAUAUCACAAUUCCAAUAAAAAUACAGUGAUAUUUUUCCUACUUGUUUCAUUGCGCAUGGCCCUUAUUAUACAUACUCUCUUUUACUUAUUCUAAAUAUUUCUCUAUACUUUUUCAAGCAACCUAGAUCGAGGAAUAAUUAUCACCAACGUUAAUGGAUAUAAUUAAUUAAUGUGUAUAGAUAUGACUUCAUGUAAGGAUAAGUGGGUCAGAAGAUUUUUUAUUACUGAAACAAGCCUUCACAAAACUGGUUUUACUAUUUACAAAGUUACAUCUUUGAUAUUUUUGAAGAAUUCUCCAGAUACUGCUUCCUCUGUAUCAGUGUGGAAACGCUACAGUGAUUUUAAAAAUCUUUAUAAAUCUCUUUAUGCAGUGUACAAAAAUUCAUCGAUAAAAGAACCUUUUCCAAAAUUUGCCAAGUCUAAAUAUUUCGGAAGAUUCGAUAAAAAAGUGGUUGAAGAACGUCGUGAAUGUGCUAAUAAGUUUUUAGAAUUUAUUGCAAAGUAUUCUAUUCUGUACACUCAUGAUAUAUUUAUUAAAUUCUUUGAAACUAGUCUAGAUAGUCAAAAAGCUGAUAGUCAAUCAGUUAGCCCUGAUUUAUUCGACGAAGACCCUGACCACAAUGUGUCUGAUAUAGUUAAUGUUAAUGACUUGAGCAUUUCUAAUGGUGAAUUAGAUCAAAUAGAGGUCUGCAGUCAAUCAGAUGACAAUAGUAUUGUUGUGACAUCAGCUGACAAUUCAAGUGAUAAUAAUAUUAAAUUUAAUACAUCAAUUAUAUCUUAUGGACUCAAUAAUAUUUUGGAAGAGUAUCAUGGAAAUAUAAAGAAACAAGAGAAUUCCUUAGCACCGAGCAACUCACAAGUACUAAACAUGACAUUGAAGGAUUUUAAUCAUUAUGUGAUCAUUGCAGCUGCUCAUAUAAACGCCGGCCAUAAACAUGAACACUUAGAGGAGUAUAAGGAGGCUUAUGUUCAAUAUAAACUUGGUAUUAUGCAGCUUCAACAUUGUGUGAAUAGUGAUCCAGACCUUAAUAGGCAAAAGAGGGUUUUAGAUAAUGUUUCUAAGUAUGUUAAAAAAAUAGACGAAAUCUACAAAAAAUAUUUAAAUAGUGAUGUUUCUAUGUUUAUGAAACCCCCAAUUGAAUUAAAAAAAUAUAAAAUUCUAAAAAUCAUGGGAUCAACAACAAUACUUGUUAGAGAUACAGAAGAAAAUGUUGAAAGAAUUGUCAAAACUGUAGCUAAACCUGCAGGUUGUAUAAAAGGUGUAAAUAAUUAUAUUCUAUAUCCAAAGGUGCCAAUGAUGGUUCAGCUUCAUGCAUUUAUUGAAACAGAGACAACUAUUUUUUUUAUACUCGAGUAUAUUAAAGGUCAAAAAUUAUGGGAUAUAAUAACGAGUGAUGGCACUGAUAAACUAGAUCAUGAUACUCCAAAAAAUGAAUCUUUAGAAACUACUCCAAAUAAAUUAGAAGAACAUUUUGAGCAAGAAGAAAGCAGUAAUGGAGUUCAUAAUGGUCAACAUGAUCAUGACUUAUCAAUAAACCAGUUAUUAGAUAAAGCUAAAAAAUUAUUGAUAUCCGUUGAUGUUACAUUAAAACAAAGUGAUUCCAUGACAAAUAAAUUAAAUGAACUUGGAAAUACUUCCAAGAGUUAUGAUCAAAAGAGUGAUAGUCAUAGCACAAAAAAUAGUGAAUUAAGUGAUCUUUUAUUAGCACAUGGAUUGGCAGAUAAUUCAAGUGUACAAAAAAUGGGCAUUUCCAAAGAUUUAGAAACUUUUGAUAGUAGUCAAGCUUUAACGUUUGAUGAUAUUGUAAAUUAUAUUGACGAUCAAGAUGUAAAUACAAGUGAAAUAAAAAAUAAUUAUAUAUUCGAUGACGAAGAAUAUUGGAGUAUACCCGAGAAUAUGAUUAGACGAUGGGCUAUUCAAUUACUUCAAAUCCUUGAAGCUUUACAUGAACAAAAUAUUGUACUUAUGAAUUUACGUCCUGAUAAUUUAUUAAUUGAUCAAGAUAAUUGUGUUAGACUGAAUUGUAUUAUCCCCCAGCAAGGCUACGAAUUUAUUGAUUGUCAUAUACCUUACACGGCACCUGAACUUUACAUGUAUAUAUCACCUAUUUCUGUCGAUCCAGCUGCUGAUGUUUGGAGUUAUGGAAUAAUUUUAUAUGAAUUAUUAACUGGAAUAAAAUUCAGUGAAGAGGAUUCAUAUAUAAUUUAUUCACAAUCUGUUAUCAGUAUUCCAUGUAGAGUAUCAGAGAAUGCCAGAUCUUUAUUAACUGACAUCCUGAAACUUAAUCCUGAAGAAAGGCCAAGUAUUGCAGAAAUAAAAAAACAUCCUUUUUUCGAGUCACCUGAUUGAUUCAAUAAAUUAUAUGGAAAACUAGAGAUUAGGUUUUUGCUUUCAAUUGACGUAGGAUUUUGUAAUCUACGAUAUAUUUCCAAAGAUUAAAAAAAAUAAUUAUAGUUAAAGUUUAUGAAUAAUUGUUGAAGAUGUCCAAAUUAUAAUGAUCAAAGUAUAAUUAUUGAUGCAUUUAAUUAUAACCGUUGGAAAACUUGUCUUGAAUUUUUAUUUAAUGAAAUGAAUAUAGACUGUUAUUUAUUUAAUUCAAUUUGUAGUAUAAGAAAAUUACACUCUAGUGGUAUAA